AUGCCGCUUCACAGCACCCAUGUCUUUGCAAGUCACAUUGGCCAUACCGGCAAAACGACGCUGGCAUUUCAGAUGUCGACGUUCUAUGCCAGCAAGCAUCCAGAAGCCCGCGUUCUCAUUAUGGACCUCGCAGAAGAGGGCGACCUCACAAAGCGAUUGCUUGGUGGUGUGGAUGCUGCAGGGCGCAAGGUCGAGUCGCUGUUCGGCGGAGUCUUUCGACUGCUCCAGGCCGCUGAGAAGCGGCCUUCGGGGCUGACCAGCUGGCUCUGGUCCUCGACCUUCGAUGUCAUGGAGCAUGCGGUACGACUCAAGGAUCACAAUCCUGCGCUCCCUGACAACAUCUUCCUGAUUUCCAGUGGAGCAUGGCCAAGAUCAGAGGCCCCCAUGAGCGACGAUGUCAGGAAGCAGGUUUGCGAAAGAAUACGAGACUCCCUCGAGAAGUCUACAGAAACCUGGAAGCUGUUUUGUGACACAGACGGGGACCGGCGGCCUUCGCCGUACACGAUGUUAGCUUACGGCUUGUGCGACGAGGCCAUCGUGCCACUCCACCUGAACAAAGGAGAUCUCGACAGGACAGAAACCAUGUUGGGAGUCAUGCACGAGCUGAGACAGCGAGGGGAAAUCAGAACACAGGUUCUGUUCAUAGUGUGGAACUUUGUCAAGGUCCUGAAGGACGACCCAGUAGAAUAUCACGGGAUGAUGCUGCCUUUCACACCCACCAAGGUGUGCAUGGACAUCUUGGAGUCUUGUAACCGUCGCCUCUUUGGCAGCGCUACGGAGCUUCCGGGGCUCUUCGUGCAUUCCGGUGAGUCGGAGACCGACUUCAUCAAGAAUUCCACGGCAGUGCUCAGGGUCUUGGCGGAUAACGUGCUCAAGCCGUCUGAAGAGAUGGGUGUGCCGGUAGUGGAGAUGGUAAACAGGCUCGCCGACAGUGGCAAAAAGACCAUGAAGUUCCAGAGUGGGGAUAUUGCCUACGACACAAAGGGGGAGACCAUCUCGAACGUGAUGGAUGGCUUGAAGCAGCUCGAGGAGAAGUUCGAGGCCAUGGCACUCGGCUGA